AUGAAAGAAUUAAGCUUAAGCUUCCGUGCUUCGGAUUUCGAAAGCUUUGGAGACUUCACAGACCACAUAAAACAGAUGGUUUUGACAGCCUCAAAUAGUCUCGACGUGACUUACAGUGAUGUUCGACCUGUCUGGAGUGACUACAUCUUUGACAUACCAGACCCUGUUAUCAACGACAAGAGGAUCAGAAAGAACUACAACUCCCGUACAGAGACAUUCCAUAUGAAGAUCAUGCCACCCCAUAUCCACAAUUGUCACCACGCGUGGCAAGUCUGGACUGCUGGGAAUUGGCGUACUUCUGGACUACUAACAAUAGAUGAAAAGCAUAAUUUGACUAAUAUAAUUGGGACCACUUUGAACUUCACCCACGGCCCAUAUUCCAGGUCUAGAAAAGAGCCUGACUUUUGUAUGAUUCCUAGUAGGCAUCAUCUACCGUCCAUCGCAGUUGAAUCGGGAUGGUCUGAGAAUUAUAACCAGCUACGAGCUGAUAUGGAUUUGUGGCUUGUUGGUGGGAUUACGAUCGUUCAACUUGUCUUUAUACUCAACUGGACUAAACGUUUACAACACGUCAGUGGAACUGUUGAAGUAUGGUCUUUACACCCCAAUGGUAUCCCCGUGUGCCGACAGACUGAGACCAUUUUCCCUCGUCCACGUAACAACCAGACCCAGGUCAUCAAUAUCACCCACAGGCAGCUUUUUUCCGGACACUGUUUCCCGAACUGCAGACCUGACGGCGUCUUACCCUACAGAGUCGAUGACUUGCGGACUGCGGCCGAAAAUGCACUCUCCUACAUGGAUCUCAAACCCGCUCAGUAG